GAAGAAGCGGCAGUGAACGCGGCACUGUGAUGGCCGCCGGUGGAGCAAAACAACAAGCAAGAUGGAGAAGGACAGAAUGAAGUUAUCCCUGACGCUGUUCCUCCUAUUGGCCGCUGCUGCCCUGGUGGUGGACGCCAGGAAGCACAAGCUGGAGAUCAAGAAUGACAAGCGGCCGUACUUUCCCAUCAGCACCUUUGGUUUCUACCGCCUCGGCCACCUUGUGGUUGACGUGCACAAGUUCAGGGUGACCCCCAAUGAUGCGGAACAGAAGUUUGGAUUCAUCCUGGAGAAGAUUGCCAACUCUUACAAUGAACCUCACCCAGAGAAGUGCCGACUGCUCAACCUGCAGCCCAACGACCAGCUGGUGCAGCACGUCUUCUUCAUAUUUGACCUGAAAAACAAGCAGGUGUACCUCAACUGCAGCGAUGACAUGGCCCAGUUGCACGUGUUCAACGACACAGCGAAACUUUGGGAAAUACAGAAGGUGGAGGAGCUGGCCAAGUUCAAUGACAAAUACCUCUUCAACAAGAAGGUGGAGCGGCACAGGAGGGACGUGAGUAACAACAACACUCAAGUUGAUGGCACCUCUAUCACCACCACCACUGCCACCAUGAGAGGCCCUUCAGGAGACUUGUUCAACCAGAAGUGCAAUGAAGUGAAGAUCAAUAUGACCAAGGAUGGAGACUACUACAGCUUCAAGUUUGUGGUGUAUGUAGCUUUGGAGAAGGAGGAAGGACUGUACAACCUGCACUUCCAUAACUGCAUGAACUAUGGCCCCAGUCCAACACCCUCUGCCAUUGACAUGUUCCUGGAGAUUGAGGAGAAGAACCCUGAUGACAACUACCUGUCUGCCGGGGAGAUGCCUCUGCCAGCCCUCUACUUCAUGAUGGCUCUCCUGUUCUUCCUCUCGGCAUGCUUCUGGUUCUUCCUCCUCAAGAAAAGCAGGGACCCGGUGUUCAAGAUCCACUACCUGAUGGGGGUGUUGGUGGUGAUCAAGUCCUUCAGCCUCCUGUUCCAUGGAGUCAACUACCACAUGAUACAGACUCGCGGUGUCCACAUGGAGGCUUGGGCUGUCAUGUACUAUAUCAUGCAUUUGCUGAAGGGUGCCUUGCUGUUCACUGUGCUGGCUCUGAUCGGCUCUGGCUGGGCCUUCAUCAAGCAUGUGUUGUCCAGUAAAGAGAGGAAGAUCUUCAUCAUCAUCAUUCCUCUCCAGAUCAUUGCCAAUGUGGCCACCAUCAUUGUGGAGGAGACGGAGGAGUCCAAUGAGGAGCAUGCCGUGUGGUUCCAGCGUCUCAUUGUUAUCGACUUCCUGUGUUGUGGCGCCAUCCUGCUGCCAGUGGUGUGGUCAAUUCGACACCUGCAGGAGGCAUCACAAACCGAUGGCAAGGCUGCAGUGAAUCUGAGGAAGCUGAAGCUCUUCCGCCAUUUCUACAUCAUGAUUGUCUGCUACAUCUACUUCACCCGCAUCAUUGUCUACCUCCUUAGGAUCACGGUGCCCUUCCAGUAUGAGUGGCUGGAUGCAAUGUUCCGUGAGAUGGCCACCUACGUGUUCUUUGUCAUGACAGGCUACAAGUUCAGGCCGGCCACCAACAACCCUUACUUCCGUGUGUAUGAUGAGGACAAGGAGGUUGAGGAAGUACUGACCACCACAGGUCUUACCGAGGGGAUCACACAGGUGAACCAGCACACCAAGAGGCAGAGCAAAGACAGUGUGGAGGUGGAGGUCUUUGAAGAUGAUGAGGAGGUGAACCUGCUGGACACUCAGGAAUCUUCCCAUGCCUUCGACUGAAAUUAAGUUCACGGCAGAGGUUCUUUAGUCCUCUGCAGGCCGGGAGUGUAGACCAGCCAAUGCCUCCUCAGCCAGACAGGCAACCACCAUGUCUAGCAAACCGGCAGUCACUGAUCACUGCAUGUUAAGUGAUGCACACACACUCACUCAGCAAGCAAUGACAGAACUAUAACUUUCAUUUAGUACAUGUUUUACUUCUUUUGACAUUUCAUAUAUUUCACUUCCUGUCAUGCUUACCUCAAACCAAAACACCUUGUACUCCGUAUACAGUUGUACAGGUGCAGGCUUUUAUCACUAAUAGAGAUAAGACAAAAGAAAAAAUUAUGAUGCCAGACUGUUCUGUGCUGCAUGACAAUAAUAUUAUAAUGUCAUUAGAUAGAAUACCUUUUUACACAUUCUUCAUUUACAAGUUGUGGGUGUCCAUUGAUGUCCAUCAAUAAUUAUGUAUGUGGGAGAGGCCAUGUAAUAUAUGAAGUCUUCUCAAAACUUGCUUUAUAUUUAUUUUCAUAACACAUUGAUGCUGAUUCAUGAAGCUCCUGCCUUCCACUCUCUGCAUGGUACACUUGAAAAGGAGGAAAGAACCUUUAUGUGGUUGCUCUCUCUCUCUCUCUCUCUCUCUCUCUCUCUCUCUCUCUCUCUCUCUCUCUCUCUCUCUCUCUCUCUCUCUCUCUCUCUCUCUCUCUCUCUCUCUCUCUCUCUCUCUCUCUCUCUCUCUCUCUCUCUCUCUCUCUCUCUCUCUCUCUCUCUCUCUCUCUCUCUCUCUCUCUCUCCUCUCUCUCUCUCUCUCUCUCUCUCUCUCUCUCUCUCUCCUUCCACCUUUUUUCCUUUCCCACAUUCUUGUCUCAAGUAGAUUUAAUAGAAUGGUAAUAAUGUCAACAAAGGACACAUUAAUGAAGUCUGGCAGCCUCCCUCCUGAUGCACUUUAGGAUACCUGCAGAGUUUUGCCUGUGGGUUGUAAAGGAGCUUAAUACAUUCUGAAGGGCAGUACCCUUGCAUUUAUGUUUACAAGCUACCUGCUGCACCACCUCAAAGUAUGGGAGUGGAGAGCAGUGUGGCCAGCUAAAGAUCAUGUGUUCAUACUGGGAAGAACAGAGUUUUUGGACAGUUAUGGGCAAUGAUGCAAUUAAAAUCAUGCGUACAUUCUGAAAGAUAGCAUCCUCGGUGCAGACAGUAAUUUAAAUUAACUAAACACUUGUGGUUGAAACUGGAUUUAUGGUGAAGGUACAUUCCUUAUUCAUAUUCUGAACCAGGAUGGUUUGAUUCUUUUUGUGAAUAAGUAGUUGAAUGUUUUCACUUGAGUGUGAAUAUAAGGAUGGUGUGUGUGUGUGUGUGUGUGUGUGUGUGUGUGUGUGUGUGUGUGUGUGUGUGUGUGUGGAAGCUUUAACCCUGAGUGAGGCAGUGAGGGUCUAUAGUGUGUAGUCAAGCCACCAGAUGUGUUGUACACCUGCAACACUGAUAUACAGAGUAGCUGUAAAAUUUUAGUUAUGAACUUUCAGUGGUAAAAUGUGUAUGAGUUGAUGCUUUGUCCUUGUGUUUUUUGCUGAGGUGUAAAAUAUUUACCUGAAUGUAAGAGUUAAUAUAUUUAAUAGUUACUCCUGUAUAAGUAGUUAAAUUAUUGUAUGUAUAAUGGUCUUACCACAGCUUUUCUGCUGUAGUCUAGUCUGAUAGUUAACAUGGUUUCAAGCAUUCAUUUAUCAUGAUAGUUUCUCCCUGAAUCCUCAUGUAUAUGCCAUGUCUUGGUUAUUUCCCACAAAGUGGAAUGCCAGCCUGGUACAUACAUAGUGUUACAAGCAGUCUUUUCUUAUAAUUUUAUUGCCUGUAAUCUUAGAACUCUUCAAUUCUUGCCCAUCUGUCCAUAAUUGAAUGUAUGUACAGUACGUGCACACCUGAAGCAUGUUAUCAACCCCAGCAGUGCCAUCUUGUCAGUGUCACUUCACAGUCAUUGAGGUCACUCACUUCCUCACACACACCAACAUCAGAGCACCACGACUGGUGUGCUCUUUGGCCGUCAAAUGGCCCUUCCUCAAUACUAGGAUUGAAGCCAAAUUGUUACAUAGAAUUACUGUAAUGUACAAUUGUGCAUGUGUACAGAUAUUUAGUUUGAUUUAGUUUGACUGCUCUAUUUUGUACUGCCUUAUGGCACUGUUAUAUAUAGUCUUGAGGAAAAAUAGCCCCAAAGGAUAUCAUGGUGUUAGGAUUUCUUUUUUAUUGUAACAUUUAUUGAUGUUUUAUUCAAACAGCUACAGAUAAAUAUAGUACAGUAUGAAAGUACUAAGUAACAGUCUUCAUUUGCAGGGGAAUGUGGGUUUUAUGCUGCGGUGUUUCAUGAACCAAUAUUUCUGUUUCAACUAAAAACUAUCCAGAGUCUAGACUUGGGGAUUGGUUUUAUCGUGAGGUGUGGUGACACCUUCAUACAGAGUUGUGCAACCAGUGUCUGAUGGAAUGUCUAAUUGUGAAGUGACACACUGCAUUAACCAUGUCACAUUGCAGGACUAAUACAAUGCUCACUUUCUCCACAGUGUAUCAACCAAAAUAAUUAAGCAUCAGUUAUACGCUAUAUUCUUUAACUAUUCAUUGGUGUCAGUAAGCAGCAGCAGCAGCAGCAGAAGAUGCACUCUUGAGUCAGAGCAUUUGAUGCCAGGUUGCCACCUGUGUGAGUCAUCCACAGACUGGCAGAAGACAAGCCAGUGGAUGUUGUGGCCACAAGCUACGACAAGUCUAAAGCUCAGCUGAUUUAGAUGUAAACUCCUUUUCUGUCUGUUAAACAUCACGUGUCUCAUCAUUAUGGCCACUGCCUUUUGAGGUUCUGUGGCUUUCAGGAAAGGCUGGUCCUGAUGCUGAAUGACUAAUAACCGUGACUCGUGGUCAUUACGCAUUUGCCAGCGAUAGACUAUGAGUUUUAUAAGUGUACUACUUUUGCUGUUUGCUGCUUUUGACAUUAAUCAUUAUGUAUAUUCAUAAUUGUUCACUUUUGACCAAGUUUAUUGCUAAAAUAAGAUGACUACAAAAUGUUGUCCACAUAAAUCAGCAGUCAUCUCAGAAGUUGUGGUACCAAAUCUCUGUCAAUACAUAUGGGAAUGGAUACUUGCUUGUAUCUUUACUUUAGACUAUGUAUAGUGUGUGUGGUGAUAUAGUUUUGAACAGUGGGGUAUGCAGUACUUCUGCUUCAUUAUAUAUAUUUAGCAUAUAUUAGUGUUUGCUGGAAGAACUAACAUUCAAAGUUCUAUUUUCAUAAUAAUGAAUUAAUACUAAUGCAUUUUGUGUACCUAAACACAUUUAGGACUCGUCUUACAUCCACAUUCAGUGAGAUGUUUGAAGGCAUGUAGCUAGUGGGUAGAUGCACAGGCAUUCUGAGAGAACAGGGCUUAACUGCAAAGCAUAUCUGAGGAAAGGAAGAAUAUCAUUAUAGUUACAAGUGACUCAGAGACAUUACAGUGCAAAGAUUUACUGGAAUUGGUGGAUGCAUGUUCAGUGGAAUUUAUUGACGGGAUCUUGAGUUAGUGCUUAUGUGUAAUUUGUUAUUUUGUGCAUCCUUAUAGAAGACCAGGCACAAUAAAGCUGCUAAACUAC